AUGGUGAAACAGCGACGCAUCAGAGCGCAUUCCUGUUGUGCAGCUGUUGCGCCUCUUUGUUGCAGAAGAGGACCACCGAAGACUCUGACAGAGCCUGCCAUCUUUGCCAGGGAGACCAGUUGUGACUGUCGCGCCCCUCAUGAGAAACUCACCAUCGCUCAGGCCCGCAGAGGCACCCCAGUGGACCGGCCAGUCAGAGUCUAUGCAGAUGGCAUCUUUGACCUGUUCCACUCUGGACACGCUCGUGCUCUCAUGCAGGCCAAGAACCUCUUCCCCAACACCUACCUCAUAGUAGGAGUGUGCAGUGAUGAGCUGACCCAUAAGUACAAGGGUUUCACAGUCAUGACGGAGCAUGAACGAUAUGAGGCGCUGAGACACUGCCGCUAUGUCGACGAAGUUUUGAGAGACGCACCCUGGACUCUCACACCCGAGUUCCUGGAGAAACACAAGAUCGAUUUUGUGGCUCAUGAUGAUAUCCCGUACUCCUCAGCAGGAAGUGAGGAUGUUUAUAAACACAUCAAGGAGGCAGGGAUGUUUGUGCCUACACAACGGACAGAGGGAAUCUCAACAUCAGACAUAAUUACCAGAAUUGUCAGAGACUAUGACGUCUACGCCCGACGCAACCUCCAGCGCGGCUACACGGCCAAGGAACUUAACGUCAGCUACAUCAAUGAGAAGAAGUACCGGCUGCAGAACCAAGUGGAUCGUAUGAAGGAGAAAGUUCGCACAGUUGAGGAAAAGAGCAAACACUUUGUUUACCGCGUGGAGGAGAAAAGUCACGACCUCAUUCAGAAGUGGGAAGAGAAAUCGAGGGAAUUUAUCGGCAAUUUCUUAGAACUUUUUGGACCGGAUGGAACUUGGAAACAGGUUUUCCAGGAACGCAGUGGUCGUAUGCUGUCCUACGCUCUGUCUCCCAGAGGGUCGCCCUCUAACAGCCCUCCCCGCGAACUGUCCCCCCUGCGCUCUCCCUCACCUCCGUCUCCCCCUGCACGCUGGCACAAUGCACGGCCGUCGCCCCCGACCUCCCCCAAAGGAGCAUCUGCAUCUAUAAGCAGCAUGAGUGAAGGCGAUGAAGAUGAGAAGUAGAU